UAAUUGCGCGCAACUAGAGCUGUCAGUCGCUUGAUGAAUAGUUGCCACUACAUCACUUGAAUUAUACUCGUGUUUAUUUCAUUAUAUUUUAUUAUUUCAUUGUAAUAGUAUUAUAAAAUAUAAUUAUUAUAUAGAUAACUAUAAUUAUAAAAUUAUGUCGAAAAAAGAGUGUGUGUUAACUAUAAACUUAAUUGAGGCUGUGGAAAAAUAUCCAUGUUUAUAUAAUGACAAAUUACCAGAAUACGCCAGAAAAGAUUUAACAGAAAAGGCAUGGUCAAAAGUUGCAGAAGUUAAAGAAACAGUUUCAUUGUGUAAAAAAAAAUGGAAAAAUUUAAGGACUGUAUUUGUCAGGAAUAUGAAAUCAGCACCUAUUGGAUCUUCUAGAAAAGUAAAGAAGCCUUAUUAUUUGAAUGAAUAUUUACAAUUUCUUUUGCUAUAUGUAAAACCCAAUACUGUUAUAACUAAUCCGGGAAAUCUUCCUUCUCCGACCUCAGAUAAUGAAAUUACAUUUGAAAAUAAUGAACAAAGCGAUACUGAAGUCCAAGAUGAAGGUAUUAUACAACAAGAAGAAUAUUUAACCGAUAAAAUUAUAAACAUUGAAAAACCAAACAAUGGAAAAGGUCGUCUUCCUCUUGUACAAGAACGUAACCAAGGAAAAGGUAACAAAAAGAAACGAAAAUUAGAUGUUAGCGAAGUAGACCAGUCCUUUAUUGAUUUCGUGAAUAUGAAGAAGGAAAAGUCCUGUGAAACUGAUCUAAGAAAGAUGUUUCUUCUUAGUUUGUUACCAGAUAUUAAGAACAUGACUGAUCAACAAAUGAGAAUGUUUAAAAAAAAAGUAUUGGAUUUGGUCGAUGACAUUUUAACUGAAAAUCCGACUCCUCAAUAUCAAUUACCAAUAACCAUGUUCAAUCCAUCUCGUCCUCCGACUACAUCUUCAACUUUCUCAAGUUCAUCAUUAUAUUCUUAUAACCACUCAAAUAGUUUCACGCCAAUCCAUUAUCCUGAAGAAUCACAUGUGGCAGCUAAAGUUAGCAACCAGAACGAAAAUGUUUGUCAAGAUUUUAUAAAUAUGUAAAAAUGUAUAUGUAAUAAAUUAC